AUGGCCACCGACCUCGCCAUGAGCGCAGAGCUGCCCACCAGCCCCCUGGCCAUCGAGUACGUCAACGACUUCGACUUGAUGAAGUUCGAGGUGAAAAAAGAGCCCCCGGAGGCCGAACGCUACUGCCACCGCCUCCCGUCGGGCUCCCUCUCCUCCACCCCCAUCAGCACGCCCUGCUCCUCGGUGCCUUCUUCGCCCAGCUUCUGCGCCCCCAGCCCCGGCGCGCAGCCCGACCAGAGCCUCUCCAGCGGGGUCCCCAGCACCGGCAGCAGCAGCCACAACCACAACCACAACCACAACCACAACCACAACCACAACCACAGCAACGCGGGGAAGCCUCAGCUGGAGGACCUGUACUGGAUCCCCAGCUACCAGCACCACAUCGACCCCGAGGCGCUCAAUCUGACCCCGGAGGACGCGGUGGAGGCCCUCAUCGGCAACGCGCACCACCACCACCACCACCACCACCCGGCCUACGAGGGCUUCCGCGGCCAGCAGUACGCGGGGGAAGACCUGUCCGCGGCCUCGGCGGCUCACCACCACCACCACCACCACCACCACGCCCGCCUGGAGGAGCGCUUCUCCGACGAGCAGCUCGUCGGCAUGACCGUGCGGGAGCUCAACCGGCAGCUGCGCGGCUUCAGCAAGGAGGAGGUGAUCCGCCUCAAGCAGAAGAGGCGCACCCUGAAGAACCGCGGCUACGCGCAGUCGUGCCGCUUCAAGCGCGUCCAGCAGAGGCACAUGCUGGAGACCGAGAAGUGCACCCUCCAGAGCCAGGUGGAGCAGCUGAAGCAGGACGUGGCGCGCCUCGCCAAGGAGAGGGAUCUUUACAAGGAGAAGUACGAGAAGCUGGCCGGCCGGACCUACGGUGCGGCGGGCGGGCCCCCGAGCUCCAGAGAUCCGUCCGGGAAACAGGCCAACUUCUUCAUGUGA